AUGUCCCACAACCUAUUUACUGAGGAAGACAACAACAAGACCAUCCGUAUGGUCAUUGGUGAAACCUUCACGAUUGAACUUAAGAGCAACCCAACCACCGGCUACACGUGGCUUCGUUCAGGUCUCGCCGGUACCGAACUCAGCGAUUGCACCUUCGCCAUCCAAAGCAAAUUUAACAACCGUGCGCCUCAUGAUAACCACAAGAAUCACAGACGCCUAUUGGUUGGUGCGGGUGGCACGAUGGUACUCGAAGUGAAAGCCCUUAAACCCGGGAAGCACACGCUUUCACUCGCUUACGGACGCCCAUGGGUUGGAUUCAAUGCCGCAGCCAAACGUUACAACAUUCACGUCGAGGCCACCGCAUAA